CAACUGCACACCCUCCUAAGCAUCUUGGCUCGUCAAUCCACCUCCUCACGCAAAUUGCAACCCGUUCCUCUUCUGAUCCUCUUUACGCGUUCCGAUCUCUCCCCACUGCUCUCGACGCGCAGCACCAUCGUCGACCCCAAACGACGCACAGCGGCUUUACUGCGUCUCAAAAACUCCCUCGAAGUGGAGCUCAAUCGACGUCGGGCUGCGUUGGGACUGGGCAAUCGGGAGAGCAGAGUGGAAGAUAUGGGAGUGAUCCAUUCGGAUGCCUCUUACUCAUCUGCUGGUAUCUUCGCGUGGGUUCGUCGAGCACUGGGCAUGCGCGAUGGUAGCGGUGCUUCGCAAGCGACGCCAAGCAAGCAUGUGGAUGAGAGGAGGAGGGAGGAGGAGGAGGAAGAGGAAAGGGAUUAUGUGGCUUGGGAAGACAGGUUGGCUGAUUUCUCGUUUGAAAAGAUGGACGAGCAGAUCCUUGAGGCUGGCCGAGCUCAUUUUUGCUUGGCUAGCGUCGACGUUGCUCAGCAGGCUGAUCAAGCUUGGAAAGUGGACGAUGAGGGAGUGGUUUUGGAAAGGGAAAAGUACAAGGAGGAGGAGGAGGAGGAGAAGGGGGGAGUGUUGAACAGCUCAUCAGAGUUUGACGGGACGUUGGAAUUGUCUCGGUGGAUUGAUGCUCUGUGA